UGAGGAGCUGGGAACAAGACUGACAGAUAGCCCAGCUCCCCUCAGACUGCACUGAGUGACAUUGAACAUUUUGCCACUCAGGUCUCAUGAGGGAAAUGCUGAGGAUUUCUACCUUUGAAGAAGACUCCACAGGUAGGACAGGACUAUCUAAAAGAAAAAAAGGAGGAAAAAAAAUUACUUUCUGCCUUGAAAAGUGUCUCUGAACUUUUCACUUGCUUUUCCUUCUUCACCAGUCUGUCAUCAUCAGAGGCAGCAAAUGUCCAACAGCAGCUCCAUCACCCAGUUCCUCCUCCUGGCGUUCACAGACACACGGGAGCUGCAGCUCUUGCACUUCUGGCUCUUCCUGGGCAUCUACCUGGCUGCCCUCCUGGGCAACGGCCUCAUCAUCACCACCAUAGCCUGUGACCAGCACCUCCACACCCCCAUGUACUUCUUCCUCCUCAGUCUCUCUGUUCUUGACCUUGGAUCCCUUUCCACCAUUCUCCCAAAAACCAUGGCAAAUUCCCUCUGGGACACCAGGGCUGUUUCCUAUGUAGGAUGUGCUGUACAGGUCUUUUUCUGUCUGUUCCUGGUCACAGCAGAAUAUUCUCUCCUCACAGUCAUGUGUUAUGACCGCUACAUUGCCAUCUGCAAACCCCUGCACUACGGGACCCUCCUGGGCAGCAGAGCUUGUGUGCACAUGGCAGCAGCUGCCUGGGCCAGUGGGUUUCUCCAUGCUCUGCUGCACACGGCCAAUACAUUUUCACUGCCACUCUGCAAGGGCAAUGCUGUGGACCAGUUCUUCUGUGAACUUCCCCAGAUCCUCAAGCUCUCCUGCUCACACUCCUACCUCAGGGAUUUUGCACUACUUGUGGUUACUGUCUGUUUAGUCUUUGGGUGUUUUGUGUUCAUUGUGGUGUCCUAUGUGCAGAUCUUCAGGGCCGUGCUGAGGAUCCCCUCUGAGCAGGGACGGCACAAAGCCUUUUCCAUGUGUCUCCCUCACCUGGCCGUGGUCUCAUUGUUUGUCAGCACUGGCAUAUUUACCUGCCUGAAGCCCCCGUCCAUCUCCUCUCCAUCCCUGGACCUGGUGGUGUCAUUUCUGUACUCGGUGGUGCCUCCAGUAGUGAACCCCCUCAUUUACAGCAUGAGGAACCAGGAGCUCAAGGAGUCCAUUAGGAAAGGGAUUUCAUGGAUAUUAGUUGAUGUUGAAUAAAUUUUCAGUGAUUCUACACAAAUGACUGCUAGUGUAUCCCAAUUAGGCCUGUACUCUAUUUCUUGUUUUAUCCUUUUUAUUUUGUUAGCUUUACAUAUAUUUUGCAGUUAUGAUGUUCCUACAUAAGCAUUUUUAUUCAGCUUACACUCUUGAGAAAUGAACCCAGUACAAAUGAUUUUUAAACACCUGAAACCUGUAUAAAUUUUUUUCUAGCAUUGUUUCGGAGCUGACUUUUUCAUUGCCUCUCUGUAAUAAAAUGACAUCUCCCCCUUGCAGUUUCUCUAGAUUUGGCUGUUGUUCCAUAAGCUGAUAUCAACAACAAGCCCAGG